CUGUCUGGCUGCGGACAAAGGCAGAGGCGGCGGGGGCGGUGAUCCCUGUACCGGAGUUUCCCUGGAAAUCGCCAGCCCCGGAGCCGGCGGUGCCCGGGCAGGGCAGGGUUAAGCGAGCGGGGCUGGACAGAAGCGGAUGUGCCCGGCCCCGAGCAGGAGCCGUGAGCUCCCGGCUCUUCCAGCUGCCCCUGGAUAGAGUUCUGGAAGGCGCGUCGUCCGAAAGAAACUAGCACUGGUGUUACAUACAGCACACUGGACAAGACAUUUGAUAACUGAAUAAUUAUGUUCAGGAGCAGAACAUUGCGACUGUUGAUGUUUGGCCAGUCCAAAUUUAUUCAUCCAUUUAUUGGUUCUCGUGGACAUCGCUAUCACAGAAGUGCGAUUUACAAACAGAGGAACAGGAUGCGCCAACUUAGUGCUGGAAGACAAACAAUAAGCACUGGGACCAAGGUCAUGGCAGAAGGAGAGUUGCCAGCUGUUUUGAUCCUGGAUAUAGGAGGAACUCAUGGCGUGCUAGAAGACCUUGCAGCACUUUUGAAGAAACACUUUCACCUUAUCACCAUGAAGGAAUUUCUUGGAAACAAAGAAGAAAUGAGAAAAAAAAUCCAAUCUGUUUUUGUGUUUGAGUGCAGGCCAACUAUUGACCGUGAGCUUCUAGAAAGCCUGCCUAAUUUAAAGGUGAUUGCAAACUCUGGGGUUGGAGUGGAUCACUUAGACUUGAAAAUGAUCUCGAGCUUUGGUGUAAAAGUGACCAACACCCCGCACGCCGUGGCGGACCCAACAGCAGACAUAGGAAUGGCCUUGAUGCUGGCCUCUGCCAGAAGACUAGUGGAAGGCUGCCACAUUGCUGUGUCUCCAGACACAAAGUAUUUUGCUGUUAACUGGCUUGGAGUGGAAGUAACCAGAGCAACACUUGGGAUCAUUGGGAUGGGCAGCAUUGGAUACAAAGUGGCUCAGAGAGCCAGAGCCUUCAACAUGAGGAUCCUGUACCAUAACAGAAACCGCAGAAGAAAGGAGGAGGAAGAGGCUGUUGGUGCCCACUACUGUGCAAAGAUGGAAGACUUGCUGCAGCAAUCUGACUUUGUUAUGUUGGUUGUGAACUUGACUCCUGAGACUCACAAACUGAUUGGGAAAAAGGAGUUGGGGCUGAUGAAACCCACAGCUACUCUUAUAAACAUCAGCCGAGGUGCAGUUAUUGACCAAGAUGCAUUGGUAGAAGCUCUCCAGAAUAAGGUUAUUAGGGCUGCAGCUCUGGACGUGACAUACCCUGAGCCUCUACCAAGAGAUCAUCCUUUAUUAAACCUGAAUAACGUCAUCAUAACCCCGCACAUUGGAACUGCAACAGUCCAGGCCCUCCGUAUGAUGGCAGAAGAAGCAAUAGCAAACAUGCUGGCUGUUCUCAAUGACCAACCCAUUCCAAGUGAAGUGUUUCCCAUCAUGGAAGGAGAAGAACUACCUUGGCUUUUGGUAAAUGAAAUUGGUGGCAUACGUGGGAUAUUGCAUAGCCAUGUUCCAUUCCUGAAGAAACAUUUCCACCUCAUCACCAUGAAGGAAUUUCUUGAAAACAGAAAGGAUGUAGGCAAAAAGGUCCAAGCAAUCUAUUUGUGGUGGCACAAACCAGUCAUCGACAAAGAGCUCCUCCAGAGCCUACCAAACUUAAAAGUGAUUGCGAAUUCAGGGGUGGGGAUGGAUCACUUGGAUCUGAAGCUUAUAGCUAGCUUUGGUGUGAAGAUGGCUAAUGCUCCACGUGCUGUUUCCAGCACCACAGCAGAUACUGGGAUGGCUUUGCUGUUAGCAUCUGCUAGAAGACUUGUGGAAGUCCAUAACAUUUCAAUUUCUCCAAGUAUGGACUACUGUGAAGCUGAUAUUCUGGGAGUUAAAGUUGCCGGAGCUACUCUGGGGAUCAUUGGCAUGGGCCGCAUUGGCUAUAAGAUUGCUGUGAGAGCCAAAGCAUUUGAAAUGAACAUUUUGUACCACAACAGGACACGGAGAAAAGUGCAAGAGGAGCAAGCUGUCGGUGCCACUUACUGCAAAAAGAUAGAUAGCUUGCUCCAGCAGGCAGAUUUUGUGAUGCUGGUGGUGAGCCUGACACCUCAGACACACAAGCUGAUCGGGAAGAGAGAGCUGGAGCUGAUGAAACCCACAGCUACCCUCAUUAACAUCAGCCGAGACUGUAAUGAUCAGCAGAAAGGCCAGACUAUGUCCGGUUUUCAAAGACAGUAUGGAAAACACAGCGUGCAGGUCGUUAACGCAAAAUCCCGACUGCCCCGCGGCUGCCCGGGCGGGGUGCGGGCGGCCGGGCAGUGCCCGCCUCGGCGGCAGCUCCCGCUCCGCCCCCGCAGUGCGACUGGGACGGUGGGGGCGGCGGGCACGGCCGGCGGGGGCAUGGAGAGUCAGGAACUGCCUUAUGUGCUAGUUGACUGUAUAGGAGGGAGGCUUGGAGUAUAUGAAGACCAUCUUGGAUUUCUGAAGAAACGUUUUCAUCUCAUCACCAUGAAAGAAUAUCUUGAAAACAAGACAUUUCUCAGCAAAAAGAUCAGAGCUAUCUAUGUGUGGUAUCACAAACCAGCUAUUACUGAAGAGCUCCUCCAGAGCUUGCCUAACUUGAAGGUAGUUGCAAGUGCUGGAGUGGGAAUAGAUCACUUGGACCUGAAACUCCUCUCCAGCUAUGGUGUGAAGGUGUCCAAUACUCCAUUUAUUGUUACCACUGACACUGCAGACAUGGGGAUGGCUUUGUUGCUGGCAUCUUCCAGGAGACUUGUGGAAGGCCAUGAGAUGGCAGUCUCCCCUGACACAGAGUAUUUCCCUGUUGACUGGCUGGGGGCUGAGGUUUCUGGAGCAACCCUGGGGAUCCUAGGAAUGGGCAAAAUUGGUUACAAAGUGGCUGAAAGAGCCAAAGCCUUUGAAAUGAAGAUUUUGUACCACAACAGAAAUCAGAGAAAAAAGGAAGAAGAAAGUGCUGUUGGAGCUGUUUACUGUAAGAAGAUAGAUGAUUUGCUCCGGCAGUCAGAUUUUGUGUUAUUGGCUGUGAAUCUAACUCCACAGACACACAAACUGAUUGGGAAGAGGGAGUUGGAGCUGAUGAAACCCACUGCUACUCUUAUUAAUAUCAGCAGAGGUCUGAUAGUGGAUCAGGAUGCUUUGGUGGAAGCCCUUCAAAACAAAGUUAUUAAGGCAGCUGCUCUGGAUGUGACAUAUCCUGAACCUUUGCCAAGGGAUCACCCGUUGUUAAAGCUGAAGAAUGUUAUAAUAACUCCUCACAUCGGAAGUGCCACCAAGAAGACGCGCUGGGUUAUGAUGGAGGAAAUGGCAGAGAGCAUAGAGGCAGGCCUGGCGGGUCUUCCUGUCCCUCGUGAGGUGCUGCCCUAGAGCAGCUUGCGUUUAGGAUUAAUGCCAGCAGUGCAGAAGCAGCAAUUUGAUCACUUUUCAUGUAAUUACUUCGUGUAAUUUCGUGUUAUGCAGAUAAAAUAUAUAAAUCACGGGUUCAAUUUA